GGGGGCGGAGCUGGCAGGACGGGCUUAUUUGCAUUUGGGGCUGGACAGGUGGGCGGAGCCUUCGGCAGCGGGUGCCUUAUUUGCAUACGAGGAGGGGCGACGUUGUUUUGACGCGCCUAAGUAACGGAGUGGGGCAGGGUGACGGUUCCUUAACCGAAUGCGAGGGGCAGGCGCCAACGGUUCCGGGCACCGAUGGUUCCGGGCGCCGACGGCUCCACGCUUAUUUCGCAUUCAACGAAGGCCCCGCAUUGCGACUUUCUUCCGUACGACCAGCACUGCACAUGAUCUGUAGCGAGUGGAGGUUUGGCUCAGUCAAAACCACCGGGCCGGCCCGAGGCAACCUCCGCCGGGAUGCUUCCGGUAGCCACGCGGGACGCGAGGAAGCCUUGGCAGGACCUGCGCUGCCGCAAGCACCAGAAGUUCCAGCAACUUCGGCCGCUUCCGCUCCUCCCGGCCCUGCAAUAGGAUAGGGAGCGGGGCGGCCCCGGAAGUGACGCAGCGGAGUGCCUGUCUCCUUCCGGUUCCGGCCAGCGAAAGAGUGUUGCGGCGACAUGAAGCUGCUUACCCACAAUUUGCUGAGCUCGCACGUGCGAGGGGUGGGACCCCGUGGAUUCCCGCUGCGUCUCGAGGCUACCGAGGUCCGCGUCAUCCCGGUGGAGUUCAACCCGGACUUCGUGGCUCGGAUGAUACCCAAAGUGGAGUGGGCGGCGCUUUUGGAGGCGGCCGAUCACUUGCAUCUGGCCGAGGUGCCCAAAGGGCCGACUCAGGGGUAUGAGCAAGAUGAGACGUUUCUGAGGAAGAUGCACCACGUGCUGCUGGAGGUGGAGGUGGUGGAGGGCACCCUGCAGUGCCCAGAGUCUGGACGUGUGUUCCCCAUCACCCGCGGAAUCCCCAACAUGCUGCUGAAUGAGGAGGAAACCGAGACUUAAUCGAGCCAGGCAUUCGUUUUUCAUACUGUGACCAUGUGUGUUUUUAUGUAUAUCCUGUUGGUUAGUUUUGUCACGUGUAUUCCCAGCUCUUGACCCAGUGACACGCCACACAGUGUUCUUGAGCUCGAUAUAUAUUUUUUUCUCAUUAAAGGUUCAAAACCAAAA